GUGUAUGUGUGGGUCGAAAGAGGGAAGGCGUCCGCCGAAGGGGGGAAAGGGAGGUGAAGUCGGGGUGGGGAGGAGGAGGACGCCAUUGCCGCCGCCGCAGCUGUUGGGGGAGUCGCCGGCUUGAGCGCGGACGCGAGCCCCGCUCGAAGACGCUUGUGUCGGCUAAAAAAAAAAAAAAAGUGCUCGAGGGGACCCUCGGACGCCGACGGGGAUGCGGACGAGUAGAACGUGCGGUUUGGUCGAACCGGGGGAGGAAAUGUGGACGGACGCCGUCGAAGAAACAAAUCAGCGGGGAACCCGCUCGGCAUGAACACCAGUCGCAACUGCACCCCGCUGGGGCGAAGCGGCGGGCUGGCCGCGCUGGAGUCCGUCUCCAUCGUGACCAUCACCCUGCUGGGCUGCCUGGGCAACCUCCUGAUCGUGGCCACGCUCUACCGCCGCCCUUACCUCCUGACGCCGAGCAACAAGUUCGUGUUCAGCCUGACGCUGUCCAACCUGCUGCUGUCGGCCCUGGUCCUGCCCUUCGUGGCCGUGAGCUCGGCCAAGAGGGAGUGGGUCUUCGGCGUGGUGUGGUGCAACUUCACCGCCCUGCUCUACCUGCUCGUCAGCUCGGCCAGCGUCCUCACCCUGGGGGCUAUCGCGAUCGACAGGUACUACGCGGUGCUCUACCCGAUGAUUUACCCAAUGAAGAUCACAGGGAACCGAGCCGUGGUGGUCAUCGCCUACGUGUGGUUGCACUCCCUGGUGGGCUGCCUGCCCCCCCUGUUCGGUUGGUCCUCUUUUGAGUUCGACUGCUUCAAGUGGACCUGCGUGGCGUCGUGGCACCGCGAGCCUGCCUACACCGCCUUCUGGGUGCUCUGGUGCAUCCUGCCGCCCUUCCUGGUCAUGCUGGCGUGCUACGGCGUCAUUUUCCGCGUGGCCCGCGUCAAAGCCCGCAAGGUGCACUGCGGGACCGUGGUCGUGUCCCAGGAGGACGGCGGAGGCUCGCAGAGGAACGGACGCAAGAACUCCAGCGCGUCCACGUCGUCCAGCGGCAGCAGGCGGAGCUUGGUGUACUCGGGGAGCCAGUGCAAGGCCUUCGUCACCAUCCUGGUCGUGAUCGGGACUUUCCUCGUGACCUGGGGGCCCUACGUGGGCGUGGUUUGUACGGAGGCCCUGUUCGGACAAGGGAGGGUCUCGCAUGGGGUGGAGACUCUGGCGGCGUGGCUUUCCUUCUGCAGCGCCGUGUGCCACCCGCUCAUCUACGGUCUUUGGAACAAGACUGUGAGGAAGGAGCUUCUGGGGAUGUGCUUUGGUGACCGUUACUACAGAGAGUCCUUUGCCACGCGACACAGGACUUCGCGCCUCUUCAGCAUCUCAAACAGGAUAACAGACUUGGGGAUGUCGCCCCACCUGACGGCAAUGUUGGCCGGCGGAGGGCAGCUGCUGGCCCCGGGGAGCAGCACCGGAGACACGGGCUUCAGUUUCACUCAGGACUCGUGUACGGAUGUGAUGCUGCUGGAGAAUAACUCCACCGACGGUUCAUCCCAUCCACAUUAUCCCUUCCAUCCAUCUGGGAAGAGGAGGAGCUCCGUUACCUUCGAAGACCAGGUGGAGCAUUCCAAAGCUGAGCACACGGCGUCAGCGCAGGUCCACGCCCGAGUCCAAGAGUCCCUGGACACCUUCGCCACUUGCCUGGCCAAAGCCAUCGAGAGCGACGCCAAACUCACCCUCUUCGGGGACAUCGUGGCCCUUCCGGCGGGGCUCUUCACUGCCCGGCCGGCGCCCAGGCCCAGAUACCCGGACGGUCAAAGACUGAGGCUACAAAGCAUCGACGAAGGCAUCGUCCAGGAUGACAAUGACCAGCAGGACUCUGAGAUGAUGCCGCCCUGAGGUUCCAGGUGUAUUAUUCACACUCUGAACACUUGUUACGCUUUCACGUGCCAGAGUGAGAAGACAAAACGCUGCACAUUCUUCAUUCCUACAUCCACAUAGGAAAGCCUAAAACCACUGCAACCUUAGGCUGUAGGGUAUUUUAUCCAAGAGCAAAAUCAGGGCGGCAAGAAAAACCAGCUGCUGGUGCAGUAAAGUGAAGACUGUGGCGUACUCAAACGUUACCAGAAAUCGACUCGACCAUUGAGUCCAAUAUUGUGUCUCAAGAUAAGCCCAACUCAGUGAGUGCUGGCGAUAUUUGGCACUGGAAAAGCAUCAAGAACGAGUGGAGCUGAGCCAAGUAGGUACCGUGCAGUAAAAGGGGGAAUACAUUUGCCACUUUAUUUUAGUACUGUAGUCCGUUUACUAAUAUUAACAGUGUUCGAUUUCCACAAAGUCAGAAGUGGAAACGGGACAAAUAGCUUGCUUGAUAGAUUCAACUAUAGAGCUCGUGCACCAACGUCAUCAAAUCACGUCACUGGCCGGAAGGGCCAGUCGAACAAAUCAUUCUUCAAUGCUAAGUCGACUGGAGACAACGCGAAAAUACGUCUUACAGCACGACGGACAGAGUUUUAUCCGAUACCGUUAAACAUUUAGAAGGUGGUGAUAAACGAAGCUACGUGGAAAAAUGAGAGACAUUUGGCACAGAGGACCCAUAUUUAAUGCCGAAGUCGAUGUUUUCGCCUAUAAGAAAUUGGACCGUUAACCCGCUUCCGCUUGUCUUGGACAAAUAGAUCGCCACAUGGAUCUGGUCAGUAAGUCGUCGAGAUUUACAUGGAAGAGUUUGAAAGGGUAGAAAAGUCUCGACGCGUACAAAUACUUCAUUGCUGGAUCUGUUCUCAAUCAAGAAUAAUUCCAAUAAUUGAGCCACUCUGAUUUUUUUCAAUAGAAACAACCAAUAUUUAAAUAAAUGACCCUUGCUUUUACACAAACUCGCAUUCCUUAGCUAUGAUUGGGGAAAAAAAAAAAAAAGAUUGAGUCGGCUCGUCCCGACACGAAGCGUGUUGCGGCCACAUGUUAAACUUUGGAAAACUUCUCCGUGACAGACUUUUUUUUGAGUCCAAUGCGUAUUUAAAAAAAAGAAAAACUGCUGUGGUAUGUUUCUGCCCCCGUACACGGAAGCGUAUUGCGGCCACACGUUAAACUUUGGAAAACUUCUCCGUGACAGACUUUUUUUUGAGUCCAAUGCGUAUUUAAAAAAAAGAAAAACUGCUGUGGUAUGUUUCUGCCCCCGUACACGGAAGCGUAUUGCGGCCACACGUUAACCUACAUAAACAUCUCUGUGACUAACGGUUUAUUUUCUUUUUUUAAAUAUGCAUUGGACUAAUUUGACAACAGUACAUAAAAAAAAAAAAAAGUUUAAUGUGUGGCUGCAACACGCUUCCGUGUAAGUGUUGUUUUGUUGUUUUCUUUUUAACACAUUGUUCUCAAAUGAACCAACCUAACAUUAUAAAUACUUCUUGGGAAUUUGAGAUUUAGAAGAAUAAUUCCUACCUGAAGU